UAUUUUUCCCUCCCUUCUCUAUCAUAAACCCCCAAACUCCGAACAAAAACACACGGUAGAUAUAUCACCAUAUAACCAUUUUACACACGACAAUAUCUACACACUUGAGCUCACAGCCUCUCCAGUUCUCCGCCGUUUCCCCCCUUUUUUCUUAGACCUGCGAUGGAGCGUGCGGUGCUCCUCCGCUCCUUCUCCUCCACAUCCCCCGCCUCCUCCGCACUCGCAUCCACCAGAUUCUUCUCCCGCUCCGCUCACCGCCUCGCGCGCAUCCCCAGACGACACCGUCUGCUCCCCGGCGCCCGCCGCGGCUCCCUCCUCCGACGACACAUCGGUCUCAUCUCGCCGGCCUGCCGUCCUUCUCUUCACCUGAAAGGACAGUUCUGCCCCCUCUCCAUACGCGCCGUUGCUACCUCGUCCGUCCAGCCUUCACCUGAUAUUUUGGGAGCGGACGAUGACGUGGCGGAGAAGCUCGGGUUUGAGAAAGUAUCGGAGGAAUUUAUCGAGGAGUGUAAAUCUAGAGCUGUGUUGUAUAAGCACAAGAAGACUGGCGCUGAGAUCAUGUCUGUUUCCAAUGAAGACGAGAACAAAGUAUUUGGCAUUGUUUUCCGCACUCCUCCAAAAGAUUCGACGGGAAUUCCGCACAUUCUAGAGCACAGUGUAUUAUGUGGUUCGAGAAAGUAUCCUUUGAAAGAGCCUUUUGUUGAGUUGUUAAAAGGGAGCUUGCAUACAUUUUUGAACGCUUUCACAUAUCCUGAUAGGACUUGCUACCCUGUUGCUUCCACAAAUACAAAGGAUUUCUAUAACUUAGUAGACGUGUACUUAGAUGCAGUCUUUUUCCCCAAAUGUGUGGAAGAUGUUAAAACAUUUCAACAAGAAGGCUGGCAUUAUGAACUGAAUGACCCUUCGGAGGACAUCACAUAUAAAGGUGUUGUUUUCAAUGAGAUGAAAGGUGUCUACUCUCAGCCUGAUAGCAUACUAGGCCGAGCUUCCCAACAGGCCCUUUUUCCUGACAAUACAUAUGGUGUUGAUAGUGGUGGUGACCCGCAAGUUAUUCCUAAUUUAACUUUUGAGGAAUUCAAGGAGUUCCACCGUAAAUACUAUCACCCUAGCAAUGCCAGGAUAUGGUUUUAUGGAGAUGACGAUGCAAAUGAAAGACUACGCAUUUUAAGUGAAUAUCUUGACAUGUUUGAAGCAAACUCAGCUCCUGAGGAAUCAAAAGUAGAUUAUCAGAAACUGUUUGCGAAACCGGUUAGGAUUGUUGAGAAAUAUCCUGCUACUGACGGGGUUGACAUGAAAAAGAAGCACAUGGUGUGCCUUAAUUGGCUCCUCUCAGAAAAGCCUCUAGACUUGGAAACUGAGCUAGCCCUGGGAUUUUUGGAUCAUUUAAUGACGGGAACUCCUGCUUCUCCUUUGAGAAAAAUCCUGUUAGAGAGUGGUCUAGGGGAUGCAAUUGUUGGUGGGGGGAUUGAAGAUGAGCUCCUUCAACCUCAGUUUAGUCUUGGACUGAAAGGUGUAUCAGAAGAUGACAUUCAUAAAGUAGAAGAAUUAAUCUUAAAUACAUUAAGAAAGCUGGCAGAUGAAGGCUUCGACACUGAUGCUGUGGAAGCAUCAAUGAAUACAAUUGAGUUCUCUCUAAGAGAAAACAAUACCGGAUCAUUUCCUCGUGGCCUAGCGCUCAUGCUUCGCUCCAUGGGGAAGUGGAUUUAUGACAUGGAUCCAUUCGUGCCAUUAAAGUAUCAAGAACCUUUACAGGCAUUGAAAGUUAGAAUAGCUGAAGAAGGCUCAAAAGCAAUAUUUGCUCCCUUAAUAGAAAAAUUCAUUUUGAAUAACCCACACCGUGUAACUAUUGAAAUGCAGCCUGAUCCAGAGAUGGCUUCACGAGAUGAAGCAGCUGAAAAAGAAAAUCUGGAAAAGGUGAAAGCUAGAAUGACUGAAGAGGAUCUUGCUGAACUAGCUCGUGCUACUCAUGAACUGAAGUUGAAACAGGAGACUCCCGACCCACCAGAAGCUCUGAAAUGUGUACCAAGCCUGUCUUUAAAAGAUAUUCCUAAAGAGCCUAUACAAAUUCCUAUUGAGGUGGGUGAUAUCAAUGGGAUAAAGGUGUUGCAGCACGACCUUUUCACAAAUGAUGUUCUAUAUGCUGAAGUUGUGUUCAAUAUGAGUGCACUGAAGCAAGAGCAUCUUCCUUUGGUACCAUUAUUCUGCCAAUCACUGCUGGAGAUGGGUACCAAAGACUUGGACUUUGUGCAGCUGAACCAGUUAAUUGGAAGAAAAACUGGUGGGAUAUCUGUAUAUCCUUUCACGUCAUCAGUCCGAGGGAAAGAUGACCCAUGCAGCCAUGUAAUUGUUCGAGGCAAAGCAAUGUCUGAACGUGCUGAAGAUCUAUUUAAUUUGGUCAACCGUGUUAUUCAAGAUGUUGAAUUGACAGACCAAAAGCGAUUUAAGCAGUUUGUUUCGCAAAGCAAAGCAAGAAUGGAGAACCGAUUAAGAGGCAGUGGACAUGGCAUUGCAGCUGCAAGAAUGGAUGCAAAGCUCAAUGUUGCUGGUUGGAUCUCUGAGCAGAUGGGUGGUGUCAGUUACCUGGAAUUUUUACGAGCUCUUGAAAGUAAAGUUGAUGACGACUGGCCCAAUAUAUCUUCUUCUCUUGAGGAGAUACGAAGAACGUUGUUUACAAAAAAUGAUUGCCUGGUAAAUCUUACAGCUGAUGGGCAAAAUCUUAAGAACACAGAGAAGUAUGUUGGUAGAUUCCUUGAUAUGCUUCCUAGCAGCUCUCCAGUUGGAUCAACUGCUUGGAAUGCUCGACUCCCUCCCACAAAUGAAGCUAUUGUAAUACCUACUCAGGUGAACUAUGUUGGAAAAGCAGCAAAUCUUUUUGAGACUGGCUAUCAACUUAAAGGCAGUGCAUAUGUCAUCUCAAAAUACAUAAGCAAUACAUGGCUGUGGGACCGUGUGCGAGUCAGUGGUGGAGCCUAUGGAGGAUUUUGUGAUUUUGACACUCACUCAGGUGUCUUCUCAUUCUUAUCAUACAGAGAUCCCAAUUUGUUAAAGACACUUGAUAUAUAUGAUGGAACAAGCAACUUUCUGAGAGAACUUGAAAUGGAUGAUGAUGCUCUCACUAAGGCAAUUAUUGGAACCAUCGGGGAUGUCGAUUCCUAUCAGCUGCCUGAUGCCAAGGGAUAUAGCAGCUUGAUGAGGCAUUUGUUAGGAGUCACCGAGGAAGAGAGGCAAAUUAGAAGAGAAGAAAUUUUGUCAACGAGGUUGAAUGACUUCAAAGAAUUUGCUGAUGUUAUUGAGGCAGUUAAGGACAAAGGUAUUGCGGUUGCUGUGGCGUCGUCUGACGAUGUUGAUGCUGCUCACAAGACGUGUCCCGAAUUCUUUCAAGUGAAGAAAGCUCUCUAAGAUACUGAACUUGUUUGAAUAUUCUUUCCCAGAGCGGUUUUUGCCCGUACACGAUGCCACUUUGAUCUAUAUGUUACAAAUACAUUACAUUCCUUCAAUUUGCAAAUUAAGGAAUGCAUUCGUAAGAUCAAAUGUACUUUAUACUUUUUCGCC